AUGGAGCCUAGAUACCUCCUCCACGGCCACGGCCUCGAUUCCGCCACACCCACUAGGGUUGAAGCCACUGGGGAACCAUACGAUGAUCUUUGGAAGGCUCUUUAUCUAGAGUCAAAGCUCGUGAAAGACGAAAACGUGAAGUGGAAGGGUUCUUGGAGGUCAACCCUCCUUCAGCUUCCAGACGACCGUAAAUCCCAUAUAAUCUGCAAUAACGUCUUUUCGGAUGUUCUCCACAGGCCUUUUGUGUGUAGCAAUGUGAACCUGUUGGCCUUUGCCACGGGUAUACCUACCGCAAACCAGAUAUCUCGAUUCGAAAAUCUCGAAUACGCAGAUUUCGCUGCCAACUGGGCUGAGAAGCCAUUCAUCCUCACGCAAUGUGUCAAGGAUUGGCCAGCCCUGAAACAAUGGAGCAUUGAGCACUUCCUAGACAAGUAUAAGGAUGUAGUGUUCCGAGCCGAGUCCGUGGAUUGGACGUUUGAGAGCUAUGCCAAGUACAUGGAAUACAAUACUGACGAAAGCCCUCUCUACUUGUUUGACCGAAGGUUCGCAGAGAAGAUGAACGUGUCGGUGGGCAAGGAGCCGGAAGCAGUGUACUGGAGGCCGGACUGUUUUGGGCCCGAUUUGUUUGAACUGCUUGGGAAAGAGCGGCCAGCGCACCGUUGGCUCAUCAUCGGGCCGGAGCGAAGUGGAUCGACCUUCCAUAAAGACCCGAAUGCCACAAGUGCCUGGAACGCUGUCAUCCAGGGCGCCAAGUACUGGAUCAUGUUCCCCCGGAUGCGGAGCAUCGCAGAGUGGCUUUUGGAGUUUCAUGCAGAGGGUCGACAGGUGCCCGGCUGUAUCGAGGGAGUAUGCGCAGCCGGCGAGAUCCUCCACGUGCCCAGCGGCUGGUGGCACCUUGUCGUCAACCUUGAAUCCGGCAUCGCCCUCACGCAAAAUUUCAUCCCCGAAUCCCCCAGUCUCCAUCAUCUGACAGAAGCCAUUGGGUUCCUGAGAGACAAACCGGCCCAAGUCACCGGGUUCACGCGAGAAGUGGAGGACCCUUACAAGCUCUUUGAGGGACGACUCCAAGAAAAACACCCCGAGCUUCUAGAAAAGGCGCUUGAAAUCUUGGAAUCGAAGAAGGCGGGUAAGAAGAGGAAGUGGGAGGCAGCUGUAGCGGGCGACGGGCCGCAGGAAGGAGAGGGGGUUUUAGUUUUGGAUUUGGAGGAGACAGCGAUGUAG